UGCGAGCAAGAGAGUUUCUCAAACCAAGUCCUCUCUUUUCUAGCUUGGAGGAGAGUGAGAGUUUACAAAGUCUAGCUAGAUACUUGGUUACUCGAGUGCUUGCUCAGCUAGUUCUUAGAAAAGCAGCCGCUCGCAAGCUUUUUAAGAGUUCUCUGUCUAGAUACUUAAAAGCGUGGCUACAGCGAGAGCGAGUGUUACCUUAGAAUCGAUCGAAAGCUUCGCUUACCCCGAAUGGCUCUAGCUGCGAAGUGGCGAUCCGUCCAAGGUCAGGAUCACUGGGAAGGCAUGCUGGAGCCUCUGGACAAGGACCUGUGCCAGGAGCUCAUCCGCUACGCGCAGUUCAUCCAAGUGGUCUACGACUCGCUCAACAAGAACCCCGUCUCCAAGGCCAAUGGCCUGCCGCGCUAUGCCAAGUCGGAGCUCUUCGACAAGCUUCACGUCAAGGCCAAUUACACCAUCCGGAACUUCUUCUACUGCACCACCGAUCUCGAGACUCUGCUGGGCAAAGUCGUAGAGACCGUCCUCGACUUCACGGACCCAAACACUUCUUGGUUUGGAUACGUUGCCGUGUCGGACGACGAAGAAACUCGGAGGCUCGGCCGGAGGGACAUCAUCGUGGUCUUUCGAGGCACGCAGCAGGACAUCGAAUGGGCCAGCAACAUACUUAACUCGUUCCACGGCCAGAUAGGCAAGCCGGAGCCUAAGUCCGGCCUUCCACCGCUCCAAACUCCGACUUCUACUCCCACAGGGUUCCUGUCCGGCCUCACCAACAUUCAGCUUCCCUGGGAGAAGGUCCUUAUCGCGAACCGCUGGCUGGCACCUUACACCGGGAAGAACCCCCAGGAGCCUCUUGGUUUCGGGAAGAAGUCGGCCAGAGAGCAGAUCUCCGCGGCUGUGACCUCGCUCCUCAACGAGUACAAGGCCGAGGAGAUGAGCAUCACUGUCACCGGACACAGCCUCGGUGCGUCACUGGCGACUGUUUGCGCGUAUGAUAUCGCCAAUGAGAAGUUGAACGUGAAUCCUUCCACGAAGAAAGUCAUCCCCGUCACUUGUUUCCCUUUCGCUUCUCCUUACGUUGGCAACGAGGAGUUCAAGACCGCUGCCGAGAAGAUCGAAGGCCUCCGGAUCCUGAGAGUGACCAACAUCUGGGACCUGGUUCCAAAGGUGCCACCGCUGCUCUGGGGAUACAGGCACGUCGGGAUAGAGCUCACCAUCGAUACUUCCAAGUCGAGCUAUCUCAAGUUUCCGACCACGGACCCUUUCGAUCACCACAAUCUUCAAGCGCAUUGCCAUCUCGUCGGUAACAAAGUGGAGCCGCUCAAGUACCACCACUUAGAGCUUGUGAACAAAUCGUCCAACCUCUUGAAGGAUUCUUUAGUUCCCGGUAACUGGUGGGUGGUGGAGAACACCGACGUUGUGGUGAACGAGGCUGGGCGAUGGGCACUCAAGGAGUACAACAUCAGUGCGGACAACAACGAGUAUAACUGAGAGAAGAAAGUGAGGUUUUUUCAGUGGUGUGCUAUACAACAAUAACUGGAAUAAUGCUCAGAAAUAAAAAAUCAGAAGUGUUUGGCUGUUCCUUGCAAA